AUGGCAAGGGGCACACGUGGACAUGAUUCCAAGAAGAAGAAGAAGAAUGACAACAGGGCAAAGGCUAAGAAUACGCAUCCAAGCGCUCAUCUUGUUAUCUUUCCUGUUAAUGUUCGCUCACCUAUUGGAUGUGAAGGGAACGAAGGAAACAGAACGACUGGGUUCUGCCACUCGAGCGACAACAAGGCACGUUCAAACAACAUUUUCUCAGACUCACGUGGAAAAUAG